AUGCUGUUCCCUGCUAAUCACGACCAACUAGCUGCACACCUUUCAACACUCAUCACCACUACCCGUCCCAAGAACAUUCCUGCUGCUCUGGUCAAGUCACCAGGCCUCUCUAGCAAGCUUCUGCUAUUGUCUAGCAAUUCCAGACUAUCUUCCAGUAGAACUUUCUGUGGGUUAAGAUUCCAGUCACUGACUCUGUUCGCCAUGCCUCUCAAGGUUUGGAUCAUGUUCGAUUUGGACAACACUCUCAUUGAUACAGAAUACCUCGCCUUCAAUUGCGUAGCCGCAGUGGCCAACCGUGUUCUCGAGUCCAAGGGAAUCACGGAGAAAUACACUUCCGACAAGCUCAUCGGUGAGCCAGACUUCUUUGGCCAGGCAUGGAAAACUAUGCUCAACAAGCUGGCCGAGAAACAUGGCUUCGAAAUCACUGACCAAGAGCGCAAGGCCUGGCGUCAGUGGGAGGAAGAGGCGGUCAUUGCCGCUGUUCAGAAGCAUGGCAAGCCCACCAAGGGCGUUGUCGAGGUGCUUGACAAGCUCACCGAGGAGAAGAAGUACCGUCUCGCCAUCGUCUCCUCCUCCAGCCUGCCCCGCAUGCUGGCUUGCCUCGACGGUGUUGGCCUUCGCAAGUACUUCGAAGAUGCCCACAUCUUCUCGGCCAGCACUAGCCUGCCUGUUCCGUCCGCCAAGCCGGCCCCAGACGUCUACGAGUUCGCCCUCAAGACUGUUGGUGCAGCCGCUGAUCAGGCUGUCGCGGUUGAAGACUCGCUGGGAGGCGCCACGGCUUCGGUCGGCGCCGGUAUUGACACCAUCGGCUAUGUCGGCUGCAUGAACAUGCCAAUGUUCCAGAUGCAGCUCGAAUACGACUUCCCUGAGAAGGGAGCCAAGGCCACAAUGACCCAUUGGGGUCAAUUCUUUGAGAUUCUCGCCAAGAUCGAGGCCGGCGAGGAGUGA